AUGGUAAAUGAAGAAAACGAUGAACCUGUUGUAUGUUCAUCUGAUCGUCAUGAACCAACACCUAGUCAAUUAUCAAUAGUAACAUGGUUUUAUAAUAUGAUGAUCUAUUGGUACUGGUAUCAGUUAUUGCUAAUCUCACUUGGUUUAAGUAUUGGUCUGUCUUGGCAAUGGCUAAUAUUAGUAUUAGUCAUCAUUGGUAUCCGUAUUGUUAGAUCUUCAACACAGAUCUCGAACCAUCAACGUGAUGGAAGAUAUCGCAAUUCUCAAACAUCUCAUUCAAACAAUUCACGUUCUAAUCGAAAUAGACAUGUAGUAAAUGGUAUUCCUCAACCAUCGGCUAUUGUCUUAACUGCAUUUAUACUCUUCGCAGCUGUUAUAAUCUUGACUUAUACACCAUUAGAAAUUCAAGAUACACAACCGCAUGAUAUCAUAAUGCCUAACAAUAUGAACAGCAUGCAUCAAAAUCUUCCUAUAAAUAAUGAAAAUAGUGGCAUCAAUGAAGAUGCAACAUUAUAUAAUAAUUCCGAUGAUGAUAUUACAACAACACUUACACCUUAUGAAGCAAAUAUUCAGGCCAUCGUUAGAGGAAGUAUUGCAACCGAAACAGUUGAUAAUGAAACAUAUAAUCUGAAUCAUGUUGAUUUGAUCGACAUUGAAACUCAAAUACUUUUGAAUUAUGAUAGUAAUGAAGAAAAUGAACAAAUUGUUAGUUCUGAAAUUGGGUCUUAUAUGGAUGAUGAAGAUGAUUCGACUGAUGAUACUGGAAUAGGUCUUGAUUCUGACAAUGAUUUUUAUACGAAUUCUGGAAGUGAUUCGAACGAUGAUCAAACCGAUGAUAACAAGUAA